GAUUUGUUCUGUUUGGUAAAAUAGGUAUCCUAAAGUUCAUCCUUUAGAACUAAAUGAAUCUCUAUAUUCAGAAUUUAAAAAUAUUAAUGUUUCUGCGUCACAGUUGCCUGAAAAUAUCAUUAAAGAGGUGAAGAGUCUUAAAGAACAAAUGGAUGAGGGUUUAUUAACUGUGAAUGGAUUUCUAAAGAAGAAAGCUCUCGUAAUAGGUACAUAUAUGCAUAGUUUUAAAAAUGCAUCUAAAGAAACACCUGUUCUAGUGACUGAAAUAAACUUUGAAUCAAAUGUAAAUAAUAAUGUUACAGCAAAGCAUGAAAUUUUAUUACCAUCAGAGAAUAUAGCUUCUUUGCAAAAAGGAUCAAAAAUUCAGGCAAACAUUGCAUCUAGUAUGGGUUUUAAUUCUAACACGAAUGAAACUAAAGAGAAUGUAAAGCUGAAAUGGCAGUCGAGCAUCCGAGCUAUCCAACAACAGUUGCGAAGUGCUUCUGCAUUUUCGAAGUCUCAAGUCUCUGAUUCUUCUACAAGCUCACUGCUUAAAAAUUAUUUUAAAAAUCUUAGCAAUUUCAAUUCAAAAAAAAAAGCAAGUGAGGCUAUGUCAUCUUAUUUAAUACCAAGUGUGACUCAAAGGCAUUUACUGGAUACUUUUGGUGACUCACUGAGACAUGUAAAUAAAUUAUACAAUGAAGCUUUUGGGUAUGAAGCUCGCAAAGUACCUUCACAUAUUGCACAUUUUGUAGAUAAAAGUGUCAUGUCUCGCUUAACAGAAAGGUUUAGUGCUGCUUUUGAUGUCACAUCUUCACACAAAAUACGUAGUUCUAAUGAUAUGCAGUUUUCAUUUUCUUAUUAUUAUUACCUUAUGAGUGAAAUAGAAUCUGUUGAGGUUGAAGAAAUAUUUGAUAUGUUUGACACUGAUAAAUCUGGAACCUGGUCAGACAGAGAGAUACGAACUGUUUUGACUAGACUAUAUGAGUUACCACUGGAUUUUUCUCUUGUUGCUGGGUUUGAGCAAAUGAUAUUGAAUUGUUCUCUUACUAAUCCACCACCUACUGUAGAAUCCAUUAUUCUUCACAAUGAACGUUAUUAUGAUUCAAAACUACCUCUUGUCACUAAAUCCUUAAUUAGCUCCUGUCCGCCUGUUGUUUUAAUGUUGCGUGAACACUUUGGUCACAGAAAGCAAAAUGCGUAUGAAACUCUAGGUGAAGAAGAAGUGGCCUUUAAAAUGAUUCAUAAUAAUCUAUCUCAGGUUCUUGGUCAGAUAGAUGAUCUGAGAAAACAUCCCAAGAAAUUUGUUUGUUUAAAUGAUAAUAUGAAUCAUGGGACACAAGAAGCAGAAGUUAUUCGAGCUGUGAUACAAGAUUUUUAUGAAUCUCUAUUUCCAACAAGAUCUCAAUUUGAAUUGCCACCUGAAUAUCGUAAUCGCUUCUUAUAUGUUAGUGAAUUAAAAGAAUGGAGAAAGACUCGAGAUUUGAUACGUAUUGUGACCUAUUUGAUGCUUGCUUUUCUAAUAAUUUUUUCUGUUUUCUCUUUCUGGAAAUCUGAGAUGAGACCAGUUGAACGAUAUGCAAGAUUAAGGAAUAUCCAAAAUCAAACUAGAAAUCCUUUGCAUGUUUAAUUUUUUUAAUUCAUAAUGUGGUCUAAAAAGGCUUUUAUAGUGCAUUAUGUGGACAGAGCUGCCGCAAAGCGUGAUCUCUAGAGGUACCCCUUUUGUUGGCCAGAAUGCAGUGGGGUGAGGAAAAAGCCCUUCCCUGGUAGAAAUUAGAAGGGGAAAAAAAUUAUGCCCUUAAUUUCCCAUCUUUUACUUUAAAUGAACUAGAAAGGACAGAACUAUAUUCUUCAGGGAAUGUUCUCAUUCCUCCUUUUGCUUCCAAAUCAUUAUGCAAAUAUGCAUUUACAAAUUUUAAAAAUGAAAAGUGCAUUUUUGUGAUGUUAUCAUCAAGCAACGAUUUGUAGGUACUUUAUUUUUUCCCAAAAUAUUUUUGAUGAUGAUGUUUUUACAGCUUUAUUUUCAACCAUGAUGUUUUCUCCGACUAUGAUUUAUACAGCAAUAUUUUUUGCUUCCGUUGUUUUCUUUUUGAUAAUUUUGCUGCAGUGUCUUUGCCUGUAACCAUAUAUUCCCCUGCACUGUAGCAAUAUAUGUGCACUCAUACUGCUGAUUUCAGUAUUUUGUGCACAAAAUUGAGUAGGAAAUAGAUAGAAAUGUCACUGCACAGGAUUUCUUAACAUGCUAUUUAAUUAAAAGGACCGCAUACAGCCCAUCAGCUGGCUUUUGCCGGUCCCUGCAGAAGUGCCUACUUUACAAACUUGCUAAUUUAAAGUUGUGAAGAUAAUGGUAAAACCAAAAUUGAUUUCUUUUCUCAGACCACUAAACAUAAAUUAUUUUUAACAUUGGCAGUAUAAUGUCAAACAAAAAUUACAAUAAUGAAAAGAUGAAAAUGUACUUGAUAAAUCUCAUCAACAUUAAAUGUACCUUGAAUGUAAUUUUCGUAUUUAAUCUCACCAUCUUUUGGCAUUAAAAAUUUAGUUUACCUGUUUACAUUAUUAUGAAAUUUUACUCAUGUUAUAUUCAUAAACAUUUUAUAAUGAAGUGACUAACUAUAAUUUUUCUUACUGAAUAGUUCUGUUUCUUUUACCAAGAAGUAUAUUAACAAUUUUUAUUGAAAUUUUUAUCCAUGUUUGAGGAUUACUAGUUAAUAGUUUUUGUAUCCUGCUAAAUGUUUUUCUUAAAAAAUUUGAUUUAAUUCCUUAUUAAAUAUAAAAGUGUUACCCUAUGAAAUGUUAAUAUUAUUUUUUUGCAUUGAAACAUACUAUUUAAUUUUAAAAAUGUGUAUAAUUAUCAUUUUUUUUAAACAGCCACAUUUCAACUAUAUCUAUGAGAUUUUUAUUGCUGAUAUAAAUUACACAUUUCUGAAUUGUAUUUCAUUAAUUUUAUGAAAGCUGCUCCAACAAUUUGUGGACUGAGAAUUACUAUUUAGACUUUGAAUCAUUAGGAGGUUUGGUGCGGAUAUAUAUUUUGAAACAGCAGACUUCACACUUCAUAUACUGUUUUCUGAGAUGCACUAGCUCUUCAAACAAACUAUAGACUGUUUAAUGACAAUCAGUAUAAGAUAGCAGAUGUGACAACUUUCACUUCCUGGUUUUUGCUGAAUUUCUUCCUCUCUUAACUUUUUUCAUGUUAUAAAAGCCCAAAGAUUGCAGGGCAUAUGGUCUGAGCUGUAUAAAGAUGAUCUAGACACUCCCUGUGAAUUUUCUACAAAGCUUCUAUAGCCUGUUGGGCUGUAUAUUAUUCAACAUUAUCUUGAAAGAGAGAAACCAUUUAUGUAAAGCAGUUUAGUUCCUCUCUCUUACACUUUUCCACAAAAUUGCUUUUCUCAGAUGAAAUACUUAAAGCACUAAUCUCCAUUUACAGUUUAUUUGUUUGGAAAACUGUGUAUCCAUAUUGUUUUACAGUUAUUCAAAAAUAAAAUCAGUAUUAAUUUCUUUGAGGAAUCAGAUAUCUGAAAUUUUGGAGAGAUGUGGUUAUUUGCUGUUUUGAUUUAGGAUUAUAAUGUCUGCUUCAGGAUUCAUCAGUUAUGAUUAUUCUGUUCAACAUGUCGAGAUCUUUCUCAAUUCACAGAAGUAUUGAACACAAUAGAACUUGUGGUCUUCAUUCUAUGUGAAACCCAUCUUGCAUAAGCUUGAGACAUUUUCAGAUUAAAAUAUAUUACAAUAUUUUGCUACAUCAGCAUUAAAUUAAGCUCUUAAAUUAAUGAACAUCUGUCUUCUUUCACUAAUAUCUCUAUUUUUCGAAUAUUUUCAUUGUCUAUAGAUGUUCUUGGCUCAUCUUGUACAUUGUGUCUUUAAAAUGCCUCCACCAUUUGAAUAUGGCCAGUUUGCUUAUUCUACUAAUCUCAGACAUUUCCUGCCCACUUUUACAUAACUUGACACAAAAUUUAUCAACGACCCUUUGUCUAGCUAUUAAUGGCAUAUCAUCUGCCAUAAAAAAGUGUGCACUGCAGUUGUUCUUUUACAUUAAGCAAACAAAUGAUGCUCAUUAGCUUUACUUCCAUUUACAAAAUAGGACACAGGCUGUCUUUAUAAAUGUGCAGUGUUACUAGUCCACAAACUUUCUGAAUUGUUAAUUUGUUACUCUAAAUAUAAAAAUUUAUUCUUCUAUAUGCCGUUGAUGAAUAUUAUUUGAUCCUUGCUCCUCCAUAUCUAUCUACUUUAUAUUGACUCUAUUGUAUGUUAACCAUUUCUGAUUUAUACAUAAAUAAAUAGAGGAGCUAAAUUGGGGAAAAUGUGUAAGUGUUACCAGAAUAUCUUUUAUUAAUAAUUUAAAGAGGGUCAUAGUAUGUAUAAUGUGAUAUAAUUAAAAUGUUUCGUUAUUAAAUUAUACAUUCUUUCUGCUCUAUAAAAAAGUUAUGUUCUAUGUUGGAGCAUAUUCGAUUGAACCAUAAAGGGGGAGAAAUAUUUGACAAAUCAUUGUCGUAUUCCUCUCCAGUUAAAUAUUUAACUGAUAUUUGAAAAAUAUAGAUAUGAAAAUUUUGUGUAUAAAUAAAUUAAUUGCACUUACAUACAUUUAAGGUUCUAAAUUUUAAAAUUAAUUUAGUAUCUACUAUUAUAUGAAAGGCUCAGGAAUGAUUCUAUAAAACAUAAGAUUUCAAUUUGUUGGACUAUUUUUAUAUCCCUUUUAAAAAUAAUUCUCUCCCACUGCAAUGCACUUCUGCCAAAGUGAUGAUGAAUGACUUUAGAACAUGUUUCAUGAAAUUCUUCUGGGCCUCACAGUAGAUUUCUGUUUAUUGCAUCAAAGUUCAGAACAGUGAUUACAAAGUGCCAAUUUUGAGCAUGGAAAUAUGAAAAAAGCCACAUAGUGCAGAAUACGUAGUUUUCAAAGUCAUAUUUGUUGAAUUUUAGGUCAAAAAUUUGCAAACAACAAAAGCAGUGUAAGUAAGUGACUUACUGUGUUGCAGAAUCCAUGCAAUAUCUUGAAGCAGUUAAGUAAUUUCCUAUGAAUUGCUUUACAUAAAUGCUGCAAAACACAGUGAUAAUAUUCUUUAUUAACAAUUGCCUAUGGAAGAAAUUUGCAAUAUGCAACACCAUAAUAAUUGGCAGGGGGCAUGCUUCAACUUUUGAGCAGCAUUAAUUUGAACUGUUUCUCUAUCAAAAGCAUAAUCUGCAUGUCUUUACCAGUAAUAAUAUAUUUUAAGGACUCAUCUUGAAAAAAUAUCUCCUGGGCCAUUUGGCUAUAUUAUAAUUUUUGGAAAAAAUUCAGCAUUUUUCAACAACUCUAGAAGUGAUGUGCUGCAAGCAUAAGUGAUUUUUAAAACUACUAAACAGGAUUCAAAUUAUAUGCAACACAUUCAAUAAUAUCCCUAAUUGUUAAAUGAUGACUGCUAAACACUAAAUCUCUGGUCUUAUUAAUAAGUUGCUCAUUAACAGAAAUACAUGGUAUAUCAGAACAUAGUUCAUCUUGGGCAUAUUUUCUGUCUUCUUCAAACAUCUUUACCACAUAAAAAUUUAUUUUUGAUUGAAGGUUAAUUUCAAGAGCUUUCUGCAAAAUUUCAAACAUCUCUGCAGCAAAAAUUCUUAAUUCAUUAAAAGUGAAUUUAUUUGCAAAUUAUAAAAAAGAAAGGAAAUAAAAACUGUUGUCUGAUGUCAAAUAAAAUUUAAAGAAAAACUUUGUAAGUGAUUUCUUGAAUGUAUGUAUGGGGUUGAAACAUAAGUAAUGGCCGUUUUUUUAAUUUUAAAAUUUUUAUUUUAACAAAACAAAAAGCAAUAAAUUAGUCAAUAAUAUCCGAGUUUUUUAACUUUCCCCAUAGACCUAAGAUGUUGAACUAUAGUCAUUUGGCUACAACCCAUUCAUUCGGCUAAUUCUCGAGUGGUUUGACGCGUCUUCAUGUAGGUCGAAAUUUCCAUUUUUGAAUUUGACAAACUUCAGGCAUUGCACCUUCUAAUACAUUUCACAAAUUUCUCGGGUAGCUUUUGCAGGAUUGGCGCCUCAAUUAAACACAAAAAGAAGGUGUCGAAAAUGCUUAUUUUUUUCAACUUGAUACUCCAUUUUAAUGAUCUGAAAAAUAUCAAAAAUUAGCUCAGACAAAAAAAUCAAGUACGCCGUCUUGUAGAGGAAAAGAUUAUCUUUGGAAUAACACAGAACAUUAUUUCAUUACAUUUUAUUUUUACCACAUAAUUUUAAACACAACAUAAAUAGCUGUUACUUAAUGUUUCAACCUAAUGUGUUAAAUUGGAUACUUUUUGAUCACAGUAGUAUGUAGAAUUUACAAAUGAAAAUGCAGUGAACUUGUGUUAAUUUGUAUUUUUAUGAAAAAUUUAAUACAACUAUGCAUUAUGGGCCUUUCCCCCCCCCCAUUUUCUAUGUUCUCAUUAAAAUACUGGAUAUCUGAAGUGUAUUUUUUGAUAAUAUGAAAUAUUCAAGAAACGAGUUUGUCUUUCAAAUGAUAAUCUAGAAAUUAUUUGUGAAAUCUUCUUCUAGUCAAAUAAAAUUAUUGCCAUAAUGUAUCUUUUGCAUGUAAAAACAUUUUUGUCUUAUCACCAAUAAUUCUGUGAUCAUCAUCUAUGCAAAUGAAUGAGUCCAUGCUCUGUUACAAUGCAUUUAAUAAAUAAGAAUCUUGAAUGAA